AUGGAUAAUUCGGUUAUUCAGACUUUAGAAGCAGCUGCUCAAAUGCUUAUGGCACCACCUAAUUUGGUUACAUCUGUGCAAAGACAUCAAGCUGAAAGUGUAUUUCUGGAAUUUAGAAAUUCUAAAAAUCCAUAUCAAUUGUGCCGUGAGAUUCUAGAAAAGUCUUCAUCUGAUUAUGUUUUGUUUGAAGCAGCUGGUUUAUUAAAAACUGCUCUCAUCAGAGAAUGGAAUUUACUGACUGAUAAUGAUAUCUCAUCUCUCCGAGAAUAUUUAGUCAAUUACCUUCUUAGAAAAGAAACACCAUCUUUUCUGAAAGAUAAAUUGCUUCAGACAAUAGCAGUGAUAAUAAAGAGAGGAAGUAUAAAUGAUUCUGGAAGAGACAGAAAGGCUUUGUUAGAUGAAUUAGAGAAAAUUAUUUUAGGCUCCCCUAUUGGUCAACAGAAGUUAGCCUGUGCUAUGAUUCAGACUAUAAUGCAAGAAUACGCCAUCACAGUAAAAUCUGCCGAUGUUGGUAUAACAUGGGAAGUUCACUAUUGGCUUAAGAAAUCCUUUGAGGCUACAGAUUUAAAGCGGAUAUUUAGAUUUACUGUUAGUGUAUUGGAACAAAUUGUCCGUUCUGGAGUACGUCCUGAAGGUGAUCAGGCAUUAUUGACAAAACAACUUCUAACUAUAGUUGAAACGAUCCUGUGUUGGUUUCAUGUUUCACCACUGCUCUCUAAAAGACUGAUAGGUGAUUUUGAAUCCCUAUACCAAAGUGAUGGUGCACCAGCCUUACGUUUGAAUCUUCGUUGGAAGGAUACUAUAUUGAAACCAGAAUUGAUAGCUCUGUUCUUUGAGAUCCAUGUGCAUGUACGGAUGGAUCCAGAGUUAGCUAAUCCAUCACUAAUCUGUCUUGUGCAAUUGGCUCGUUUAAGUGGCAUCAUAUUAUCUGGGAAUAAUCUGAAAGAGCAAUAUUAUGACAACUAUGUGAAUAAUUUUAUGAGGAUGCUAUCAUUGAUACAACCAUUUGAUAGAGAAAUGCUUGGGAUAUCUGAUAUUUAUUGCAGAUUGGUUCAGUUUUUUACUCCGCCUAUGAUAGCAGCAUCUCCACCGGCAUUUCUGCAAUAUUUAACAACAUACACUUGCCAUUGUAUAAGAGGUUCUAUUAUUGAGGAAGGGAUUAAUGAUGACACAGUUUGGAGAGAGGCAUUAAAUAAAUUCCUGCACACAUGGAGUUCUCUUACUCACGAUACAGAUGGGUUUUCGAAUGAGGCCUUUAUGGGGCCUUGUGUAGAGAUUUUCAAUACGUAUUUACAGUGCCGAUUAGCUCCGCCUGAUGGAACUAGAGGUACAGAAAGCAGUGACGGCUGUAACGAAGAUAUAAAUGAUGAUAUACAUGAAGACGAGAGACAAUUACAUAGUAACGUCCUCAUGACGAUUGGGGCGAUAGCUAGGAAGGCGCCUGCGCAUUGUUGCCAUGUUUUGUUUACACUGUUAACUGAAAGAAGUAAGAGACUUGAAUCUCAGUUGCAAUUAAUGCACAUGGGCAAAUUGUCUGUGGGUGGAGGGGAGCAACUUAUCACCCUGUUUGAAGAUCUGCAUUGGAUAUUAAUGAUUACAGGUCACUUCAUAGCAGUGGAUUGUGUGGAAGGCGAAACAGUAAUGAUACCACCAGAGAUAGUGCAAUACAGUAUGUCUGAGAAUGCGAAUGUCGAUGCCUCACUUCGCUACUUGGUUGGCGAAAGCUCCAGUACGGAUAACGUUGAUCCUAUACUUAAAAUAAUGGGUGAAAUACUCCGUAUAAGUAUGUACGAAUACGCGGCCCUAGAAGCUGGGCUAGGGUCUGUCUUCAGCCCUGAAUUGUCUGCCACAAUUUCAUGGUUGCUCAAGAUAUGGGCCAAUUCAUACUUGAUGCAACAGUCUUCGCAAUAUUCUGAGGUGCUAGAAUGCGCUUUUGGGACGGGUUCCCAAGGUUCUGUGUGGUCAAUAAGUCGAAUAACGCGACGCGCAGCGGCCGUACUACGACAUCUCUCAUCACAGCCUGUUGCUGCAACACAUGCUACACAAUUACUGGCCACUCUUGCGCACAAUCAUCGCAAAGAAAGUCCUUUAGCAAGUUGCGAGGAGUUCCUAUCGUUAGUGGCGUGGGAGGCCGCGGGGAACAAUCUUCCCGGUCACGUCAGACGGGAGCUACAUAGAGCCUUCGCCAUUGCUGCUACAUAUUCUGAAGGUGAAGCUCGUUCCCGCCUUUUGACAAGUACCGUGGCGCUGACUGAGAAAUUACAAAAUAUACUAAAUAUGGACUCUGAUACUGAACCAGUUCGGAAUAUGCUCGCUGAUACCCUUGAUUGCUUUAUUGGAGUCACUGAGGGAGUCCACGAAGUAGGAUCUGUGGAUGAGCAGUUUAUGAUGCUGCUCGGAGCGUUAGAAAAGGUCCCUGCGAUAGUGUUCAAGUACCACAACUACCCGGGCGUAGUGUUGCCAGCUAUUAAUCUCCUCGCUAGGAGCGCAAAGAGAAUGCUGCACUCCGUACAAAAACAGAAUGUUAACAAGUUCUUAGAAGUAUGCAACACGACAUUUGAAGUAUAUAUGAGAUGGAAUUCUGGCAAAAUCACCAGCAUCCCUCAAGACGCGGAAGAAGAGGCCUAUGAGGACAUAUGCGCAAUAAUGGAAGUUGUUGGGGCAAUAGCGCGUAGUGGUGAAGGAAAUGUAGGUCCAACUUGCGCAAGGGGUUUACGGUUAUUGUUACCUAUGGUCACGCCGCCACUCUUGUCCUUACCAACGCUGGCCUUGCACGCGUACCGGAUGAUACGCGAUUUGGAGAACCACGAUCAGCUCACCAAUCUCCCGGUGGAAGAUUUCGCGAUGGUAGUGGCCGCUCUAAGGGUAGGUCUGACCGCAGUGUCGUGCGACGUGUCGACACUCUGCUGCGACACCAUAACUGGUAUCGCUAACAAAGUCCGAACACUUGGCUCCGACAACCCCUACGCAAUGUCUCUUCUUUCGUUGGCGGAGCUUCUGCUAAUGUUGAUAAUAAAGAUGGAAAUUCCACCAGAUUCCAUUCCAGCGGCCGGGGCAGCCAUUUAUGCCUUGACCUGUGUCAAACCGGCUCUGCUAGAAGGUUUAGCUCGGCAGUUAAUCCAUGCCUUCGCGGCCAAUGACCCCGCAAAUGUUCCGCGGUUAGAAGAGGCUUUUACGGUUUUGACGAAUGGAGUUCUCUUUGACGGUUUGAGAACCCAUAAAAUUCGGUUUCAGGAUAAUUUUGACAAGUUCCUAACGAGUGUACGCGGGUUUCUUAUUGUGAAAUAG